AGGUAGAGACUGUUGUUACCAUGCAACGAGCAGACGCUUGUGAAAAGUACUAACGUUAUCUACAAAAUUGGGUUGCUAGCAAAUUGACUAAAUUGCCUGCUGCUAACCAUCUUGGUGCUAGAUACAUAGCGCGCGAGUGUAUGUUGCUAGUUAAGCUAACGUUAGCUUGCAAGCUAAUAAUAAUAUUUAUCAAGAAAACAACUGCAGCAUAGCUUGCUAGCUAACCUAGCUAGCUAGCCAGCCAUCAAAAAAGUUCCUAACGUUACAACAUGGCAGACGGCUGGAGCACCGACACGGGAGAGGCUGUCUAUCGUUCCCGGGAUGCUGUCAAAAACCUUCAAAUUAAGAUCCGUAUUCAGAGAGUCACCUCCACAGCAGCCCUCUCCCAACACCUUCAGCAGCAGGUUUUGGCUCAACCGGAGAGGGAAGGCAUUGAGCUGGACACCCUCAACUCACCGGCUCAAUCAGCCGGAGACGAUGAGGAGGAGUUGGUGGUAGGCUGGCAGGAGAAGCUGUUCAGUCAGUAUGAAGUGGAUUUGUUCCAGAGUGAGUCAGUAUGCCAGACUCCACUGGAGAGGCAAUACCACACAGAGAUCAUUGCUCUGGGGCGGACCAGGGGCAGACGGAACCGCAGGAUUUUUACCUACUCCGAUUUUGACCGCUACACCAAUUGGGAAGGGCAUUCCCAGAGUAUGGUGACGCAGGUCAAGUCCAACCCUACCUUCCUGGCAGAAAGGAUGGCCAAUGUCAGACACAGACGACAGGACAGACGCCCAGUUGACAGCACCAUCCCUAAGUCCAGGCUGAUUACCUGGGAGCCCUCAGAGGACUUUGUGAAGACCAGCCACGUGGUCAACACACCUGUACAGACCAUGCACAUCAUGGGGGACCUGGGACCACCGGGCAAACUUGGCCAAAAGGAGAAGGAAUGCUUGUUGUGCACGAUAAGAGCAGAUGGAAAUGGAGUGGUCACCAUCAAACCAGACUUCAACAAAGGCAAAGAGCCCUACAGGGUUGAGACGGAGGGGGAGAAGAGGGAGGUGUGGCGUCUAACCCUGGAGAACGUGUCAGAAGGCAUCAGACCAGAGGAGAAGGAACGGGAACAGCGCAUGUAUAAAGACCUUUAUGUACGUCAUAAAGACUACCUCAACAGCUUGGUUGGCCAGGACUUUGAAAUGCCACCCCCUGGAAUUCUGCGUCUGUUGGUUAAUGGAGAAAUAGACUCAGCCAAAGGCUUUGAAUAUGACAACUUAUACAUCCACUUUUUCAUGGAGCUGCCCAACAAUUGGUCCACUCUGCCAUUCCAGUCUCUCUCUGGAGUGACUCAGACUUGUCGCACAAAGACCAUAGGAAAGGACGACGUGGCUUUCUUCAGUUACCCUUUCAGCUUUGAGGCAUUCUUCAGGAGAAAGGAUGAGACAGAGGAAUCCCUUCCCCAAUGGCCAGUUCUGUACUUCAAAGUCCUCUCCCUGGACUUCUGGCAGCGCUACAGAAAUGAAGGCUAUGGCUACCUGGUCAUUCCUUCCACCCCUGGGAAGCAUACAGUAACGUGUCAUACGUGGAGACCGCUGCAGACGGGAACAGUGUCAGAACUGAGACGCUUCUUCAUUGGUGGAUCCCCUGAGCUGGAGGACUACAGUUAUGUCAGAGUCCCAGGGACCUUCAAGGGAGAGAGGCUGAGUCGCUUUGGCUUCCGCACACAGACCACAGGCAGCGUCACCUUCAACCUCCAUUGUAUCCAGCACGCCAGGGCGUUUGUUGAUGCCAGCACCCUGAAGAAGAGGAUGCAGAGUGUUCUGGACCAGCUGGGAGGCUUCAGUCAGCAAGGGGCUGUCUAUAAUGUCCUGGAGGCAUUCCAGAGGGCCAGGAGACGGAUGCAUGAGGCCAGAGAGAGUCUUCCCCGAGACCUCAUAAACACUACAGCCCAACAAAACUCUGAGUCCACCUCAUAGACACAUACAUGGUUUACAUACAGUAGGCAGCACAGCGUUCACCUGAAAGAAAAUGCGAAGGAAAUGCCAGGAUUAAAUAUAACAUCUCCCUGUUCAACAGCCAUCUAUGUUUAUGUUCUGUAAUUUUGUAAGUAUUACAAUGCAUGUACACCUGUAUACAUUGAGUAUACCAAACAUUAGGAACACCUUCCUAAUAUUGAGUGGGACCCCCCCCCCCCUUCCUUUUACUCAG